AUGGAGUUGUCCAUCGAUUCGCUCGUUAACCUGGAUCUAAAUUCCAGGAAGGUGAUCUCUGAGUCCGAUAUCAUUCAAACUAACUCCACGGAACCAGAUGAUGAGAAGCUUCAGUUUCAAGACUGCGUGGAAACUACCAGUAGUAUUGAUCGAGUUCCUUCUGACCGAAGUCCGAUUUCCUCACCUUUCAAACGAUGGGUGAACAGUUUACGACCUAGGAAGACGUUUGAACCACAACCAUAUAUUGAAGGCUGGCAGUGCACUUCCCAGGAAAAUGGCGGGCCAAGAUACCUUUCACCUCAUCAAGGCUCUUUGGAACAGCAAUGGGAGAAGAGCUCUGGCAAAUCUUCCCACCUAGGUACCAUCAAGACAGCAACAAUGAGCAUUACGAGUCAGAGUGUUAUCAGAUCAAGGAGAACUACACAGAGUACCACAAACCAAAGCAAAUCCGACAUCCGGAACUCAAUUGAUAGUCUGAGACCGACUUUGACCACUUCAAUUGACGAGGAGGCCCAAGCCCGUGCUACCAAACGACGGCAAGUGCUCCAAGAGAUCAUCACAACGGAGUCUGAUUACAUCUUUGACCUGAAGGCUCUUACGAAUUUGCUCUUGAUGGUAUCAGCGCGCCCCGAAAUAUACUACAAUGUCCAAAGCAUCCGCGAAGCCCACGAGAAAUUCCUGAGCCGGAUUAAGAACCUGAUACCAACGUAUAAUCUCUCUCGAAUGCAGAUCGAGCGAGUAAUGCGCCCACACGCCGGUGAUUUGAGUGCUACGGCUUUCCCUGGCCGGUCACUGAGAACGCAAAAUCUAAAGGUGUUAGUUGAUCGCCGCUUGAAGGAACUAGCUUCAGAGGCAAACGAAGCUCUCAUAGUUGCUCGAGAGAUUGGAUGCUUGUCAAAGUCUUUCAUAUACUACAAAGAGUUCUGUGAGAACUAUGAACUCCUAACAGAGGAUGCGUCCAUUUUACGCAAGUCAAUUCGGAACUGGCAAGGUUUUGAGCAAGGUUUAGAGGCUUUGAUGAGAUCAACCGCAUCCAUCGAGACACGUUCCCUCUACAGCAACAAAUCAUUAUGCCUGAAUGAUAUCCUUAUCAAGGAUGAUCCAUCUGCGCACGAUGAAAUUCGGCGGGUUUUGGGGAGUGUCCGCGACCUCCUAGCGGAGAUCAACGAUGCUACCUCGACCACACUAAACAGAAAUCUUAUUGAGAAGACCUUCUUCCUCCAGGAAAUGCUCGAUUUUAAAUCUAUCACCACUGUCGAUAUUUAUAAACAGCUAGGACCUAUGACUCUCUGUGGCGUAUUGCAUGUCACUUACCGAGCGUCUACCCAACCCAGACAGGUAACUGGAGCCUUCAUGGUAUGCGUUUUAUUUAAACAUCAUUUUUUCCUUGCCAGAAUGAACGGCGAAGACCGAAAACUUCGGCCACUUGCCUGUUUAUACAUUUCCGACAUGAGAAUAGAUAGCUUAACGAAUGGAAAAGGUUAUGAUUAUUACUGUAUAUUUUCCUGGAAGUUAUUGUUCCAGCUUCAUGACGAGAAAUUUGAACUUGUUCUGAGUGCUUCGUCUGCGGCGGAAGAGAAGCAAUGGAAGACAGGCAUUCUCAAGUCUGUGGCGGCAUCGGUUGAGGUGCCGAAUGCAAUAUCGUCCGAACAACGGAGAUUCUCAUUCCUGGUUCUAGACGUUGUGCCAGAGGAGGAGGUUCCAGAGUUUGUACCUCAACUAUCACGCCGACCUUCACUACAAACUCUGGGCACCACAGGUAUGCAACGAGCCCGUUCGAACUUACAAGCAAUAAUCAUCCGGAAGACACAUUGCCCGCACAAGCACGGUCAGCCCCAACAGAUUGAUGGUGAACUAGAACGCUAUAAAAUUCCCUCCUUCGUCUCGCAGCCCUUGACAUUCAUGGCUAGAAGACAAGAUAGGAUCCGUCUAGAGCGCGUCAUUCUGCACAUUUACACUCGGGAUGCACUUCCAUAUCCUGGCAUGUUUCUAGCAACGGGGGAACUUUUGUUCGGGUCGAGUUCGAUAAUGAGGCAUCUAAGUCUCCGGUCAAAGCGAUAUAACCGAUCUAGCUCCAUAAACUUACCGGCCACUUUGCAGAAUAUAAGUGAACCACAAGGAAUCGAUGAGGCUGACGAAAAACAACAAAAGCCGAACAAGCGAAAGAGACGGGAUGCAUCUGAUUUCAGCCAUAGCCUGGACCAUGAUAAGGGCUGGACCCUGCACAAAGAUAGCGCCCUGCUCUUGGGCCGUUCCAAAACGAUGCGGGUGAAAAAUAGCCCUAGGACCAGUUAUAGUCCUAACUCGCAGCCAGUAGUCAAGGUAGAUAAGAGCCUCGAAUGUUCAGAAGUUCCUCUUCCGCGCAAGGGUAUCUGGUCGAUAUUCAACUCCAUGUCAUUGCGGCGAUCAAAGAAGAAUGCCAGCUCGAAUUUUGGUGGAGCGUGA